AUGGACCGACUAACAAACGGCUGUGUGCCUGUCUGCGCCAGUGGCCAUGGCCAUGGCUACGGCUGUGUGUUCUGUUCCGGCGGUGGUCGGUCGAUCGGAUGUCUGCCACCGCAUGCCACCGCCGAUUACCACACCAACCACUGCCGCCCACCACGUACGAUUACGACGAACGCCAGCCGACCGAUCGACCGACAGACCGACUAA